UUUGAAAAAUAUUUGUUUGCCUAGGUAAAAUUUGUCGCAGUUAGAUUAAUAUAUAAAUAUUUUCCCUACUAAUAUAGCAUGUAUAGCAAAUUCCAAUCGAUAGAAAUAAAAAUGGAUGAACAGAACAUUUAUCGCCACAAUGUACGCGAUCAUUUUAAUGUAAAAACACCAUCGCGUAUGUUUAACAACGAGGCUUCACAUCAGCAGUAUGGUAAUCAAUGCCAACAACCAUCGCAUCCUUGUCAUAGUCAAAAUCAGCAGCAAAAUUGGCAAGUACCACAGCAACAUCAACUGCAGCAACAGCAGCAACAACAGCAAUACCAGCAACAGCAGCAGCAACUUAUGCAACAGCAGCAAUACCAUCCGAUCCCACAACAUCAGCAUGACGGUCAGCAAUGGCAGCAAUGUAAUAAUUAUCCAGUUCCACCACCGCCAACUCCCUUCUACAUGAAUAGAGAACAGCAGCCGUUUGGAACUGGGCAGAAUCAGGGUCAGCAAGAUGGAGGAAGGGACCUGGGUCCACAGAACUCAAUAUAUAGCAUAAAUUUUCAAAAUAUGCCAAUGCCGUAUUCAUCUAAUCACAUCUCACAAUCUAGUGUAGGAUCUCGUACUCAUGUUCCUUUGCCACGUAAUCCGCAAUUGCAUCUGCCCUCGAAGCCAUGUAAAAGCGAAGUCGAAUCGGAAGAAGCUGGUGGUGAUCGUAUUCUCUAUAGGAACAAAGCAUUCAAAACCGAAUCCAGUGUUACGGUAGGCGUACCCGAGAGCCAUAAAGCAGCACGCUUGCGUGAGUAUUCGAAAGAAGCCUUGCCGUAUUUGGAAUCAGCUCGUGCUCAAUGCGCUGCAGCGGAUGCCAUAUUCAAGGCCAAAUUUGACGAAAUAGAUGCCUAUCGGUCGGACGAUGAAUCCACCACUGGUGAUUCUAAGAGAUCACGGCCUUCCAUACGAACGGUGAUCAGUGCCAAAUCGGGGGACGACUUGCGCGACAUGGUUCGUUCUCAAAUUGCUUUGCAACAGGCCCUAGAUCAAACCAUUUGCAAUGUGACGAAUAUUGAUGCCAAAGAUUUGCAGCGGGAAAUCAGUGAUGCCACGACAUCUCCCCAAACAUUGUUGCCUCCUGAAUUGUCGGAUGAUGAGAGACUUACAUCACGUACUCGAACUUUAACGACAGCUUUUGCACGUGGCUCACCGGCAUCACCUUUAUCUCCACGUGCCUCACGUUUAUCGAACAACAUGCCACGUGCAAAUUCCUCUGAUGAAUCUGAAAUUAUUGUCAGUUUGGAUGAAGUAGUCGCCACAAAAAUCAUCUCACCCAUAAUGCGCAAGGUUCAACGGAUGUAUAUAAACAAUCUUCGUGAAGAAAUGGUCCUAAUGGAGGAACUGGAACGUCUUCCGCACCUGAUUAGUGAGGUCUACAAAACAGCUGCCCAACAGGAACUUAAAAGGAAUUCAUAAUUUAAUGCUAUACAAAAAUUUAGUUUACUUACUAUAUAUUUUUAUAUACUAUAUCUUCGGAAAAUGUCAAAAAAAAUGGUUUAUUUCUUUUUCAUUGCCUCAUUAAAAUUUAGCCAAAAUGUAA